AUGGAUAUCGUUGCAUCCCCUACGUCCACGUCGGCGGAGGAAGUUGUGCGCUUUCCCACCGCCUUAAAUCCUGAGCCCCGCGGGCGUUUGCCUUCACAUGAUCCCCUCGACAAGGGCACUGACCACCCAUCCACCCUCAGCAAGCCAACAGUUGUCAAACAUCUGUCCAGCCCGGAACACAAUAGUCCUCUUCGCCAUCAUCGCCGGACUCCGUCAGCCCCUAAGCAUGUCAAGGAAUCACUUAAUGCCCGUUCUGAAUACAUCACGAGCCAGGACGAUGGUGUCGCGGAACAUCGCAUUAAUCAGUACAUUAUCAAGCAAGAGAUUGGGCGCGGUUCUUUUGGAGCUGUUCAUCUAGCGGUUGAUCAGUAUGGCACGGAAUAUGCAGUGAAAGAGUUCUCCAAGGCCCGGCUCCGGAAACGAGCACAAUCACAUAUACUUCGAAAACCGUUGGGCCAAAGACGUCGGGGUGCUUUGCAAGGCUUUAACUCACCUUUGCAUAGAAACGUGGGCAAGGAUGGCGAAUCACCGCUCAAUUCGAUAGACCUGAUUAAAGAAGAAAUUGCCAUCAUGAAAAAGCUGAACCAUCCAAACCUGGUGUCGCUCAUCGAGGUGUUGGAUGAUCCUACCGAAGACUCCCUCUACAUGGUGAUGGAGAUGUGCAAGAAGGGGGUGGUGAUGAGGGUGGGGCUGGAAGAAAGAGCAGAUCCAUAUCCCGACCACGUUUGCCGGUAUUGGUUUCGAGAUCUUAUUUUGGGCAUUGAAUACUUGCAUGCUCAAGGAGUGGUUCAUCGUGACAUUAAACCGGACAAUUGCCUGAUCACGGAAGACGACGUACUCAAAGUUGUUGACUUUGGGGUCUCGGAAAUGUUCGCCAAAGAUUCGGAAAUGCUUACUGCAAAGUCGGCGGGCAGUCCCGCGUUUCUCCCACCCGAAUUGUGUGUGGCCCGACACGGGGAUGUGUCGGGGCGGGCAGCAGACAUCUGGUCCAUGGGGGUCACCUUGUACUGUUUGAAGUACGGCCGGAUUCCCUUUGAGAGAACCGGCAUUUUCGAACUCUACGAAGCGAUUAAGACCGAGGAGCCUGAUUUGGGCUCGGAACGAGACGAAGAUUUUCGAGAUCUGAUGUCGAGGAUUCUGGAAAAAGACCCCCAGAAACGCAUCAAGAUGCCCGAGCUCAGGGAUCAUCCAUGGGUCACGAAACGGGGGACGGACAAGUUACUAUCGGAGGAGGAGAACACGUCUGAUUUGGUGGAACCGCCGACCGAAGCUGAAAUGAAUGCCGCAAUUACGGACAAUAUGAGAAAUCUCAUCACAGUGGUGAAAGCAGUCAACAAGUUCAAGUCUCUCUUGGACAAGGAUCAGCCAGCUCCCAUGAAUUCGAUUUUGGGAGAACAAGGAGGUUCACACUUCUCCCAGCCUCCAGGAACGAUGCAAAAAGAACGGGGCCAUCGUCCCCCCCAAUCACACAGUUUCAACACCCCCGGUAGAGCGCGCCCAGAAGAAGAAUGGGAAGCGGGAGGACUUCGGCGGCAAAUGAGUAACUCACAUGUACGACCGGUACCUACUUUGAGCAUCGAUGAUACUACUGUUACGGAAAAGGAGGCCCCAAAUCCGAAGAUUGAUCACAAUUCGGCGGCUUUGCUGAGCGAAACAAGCACCGACACGGACGACUCGAUUUCGCGGAUCCAAACGGGAGGAGAGAUGGACAGUCUCGACCCACAAAAGCUACCGCCAUUCCGCUCAUGGAAGCCGCAUGCAAACACUGCUGAUGAGAUCGGCCAUCGAGGACACGCACAUGAUCCUCUGGAAGACCAGCUGUACCUGUAUAUUGGACCGUCGACUUUUUCCGGACUCAGUUCUCAAACGGACGACGACGGGACGUUCGUCCAGGGAGAGGAGGACACGGUACCGGUGGUCAGUGAAAGCCCCGGAGCGGCGGACGUGGAUAUAUAUGAAACCGCAUACCGGGAUGAGAUUGAACGAAUCAUGGCUCGAGCCAAGGAACAGAACAAGGAACCGCAAGUGUAUUUGACGCGGCGAGUAGAUGCCAAGUUGAUGGCCAUCAGCGGACUGGCGGGAAAAUGGGCGGCCAUGGGAGAGGAGGCGAAAAAUCAAAUCAAAGACUAUACACAAUUCUCCACCCGCAAAGCCCGAGUGACCGAGGUGAGCCGGGCGCUUCGGCAAGCUGCGCGAGAGGAAUACGAAAGGCGGAAACAGGAACGGCGAGAAUUAAUUGCCGCGGAGAAGGCAGAACGGGCAAAACAUAGGGAGGAUGCCCAGAAACACACUGCAUCACCCAUGACGGCCUCUCCCCAAUCGACGUGGGGUCAAGCAGAAGACCCCACGAUCAGCAGUCCGCAAUCACCAGGCAAGACAUCAUCAUUGUGGAAAGGUAAGGCUGUAGACAAAGGACGACAAGCGAAAAGUUCGAUUCUGGGUCUGGUAGACAUGGUUAAGAACAAAAGCCGAACCAGAUCCAAAGAUGAAGAAGAAAGCUGA